AUGUUGUAUGAAGUCAAGAGAGAAGAAAAUGAUAUUUCACGCGAUGACGUGAACGUGGCGAACUCCUCCUAUGCCGCCGCAUACGAACCCCAAAUUUUAAUGCAUUCGAGCUCUGGAUCAGAUACAAGAAGUGCAGAACCUAACAUCUCGUCACUAGUCGAUCCAGAAGAAGAACCACUCCCGAACUGCUAUUUUCUUGAUCCUGAUAAAGUAAUCAAGCUUCUCUCGUAUGGAUCCCAUGAUCUGAAACAUUUAAAGCCAUCAGAUGUCAAUCGUCUAUUGCGAAGAAUCAGCAAAGGGCACAAAGUUCUGGUAUCAGGUUCUUGGUUGACGCGUGCAUUCCGGUCGAAUCUCGAUUUCAACCAGCAAGAUGAAGUUUAUAGAAAAUUUCUGCUCGUUCGGGAUGGACUAAGAGAACUGGAUGACUGUGACAGAGGUUGGAGCAAGGAGGCCAAUGCGGAAAAUUCGAAGAAAUCAAAGACCUUUGUAACAAGAAGGUCGCACGAAAUGUCAAGCUUCCAAGAAGAACCAUCUGACUUGAACGCUGAUGAAUCUGAAAGAUCUUCCUCUCGGGUACAUGAUGAGACAGGCAUAUCAUGCGUGGUGUGCCGAUUCGUGGCAGUCCCGCAACAAUCAAUACGUAUCAAGAGUUCAGUUGCCAACUUCAGCGACGGGCAACAGCUGGUCGCAGCGGACUUGGGUCUAAUCGCACUAAGUGGGGAUCGCUAG